AUGGUGAAAUAUCUCGUUGAAAAUGGCGCUAAUGGUGCUGAUGUAAAUGGCAAGAAGACUACUGAAUGGACAGUGCUCCACACUGCUGCUACUACAAAAGGUACACUAGGAAUAGUAGAAUAUCUUGUUGUAAAUGGCGCUGAUGUAAAUGGCAAGGAUACUGACGGGAGUACAGUGUUGCACAGUGCUGCAACUGAAGGAAACCUGGAAAUGGUAACAUAUCUUGUUGAAAAUGGCGCUGAAGUAAAUGGCAAGAAAAAUAACGGGAGGACAGUGCUGCAUGAUGCUGUUAGUAAUAGUGAAAUAGUGAAAUAUCUUGUUAAAAAGGGCGCUGACGUAAAUGGCAAGGAAACUGACGGGUGGACAGUGCUACACACUGCUAUUACUGAAAGCACGGCAGAGAUUGUGAAAUAUCUUGUCGAAAUGGGCGCUGAUGUAAAUUCCAAGAAUACUGACAAGUCGACAGUGCUACACGAUGCUGUCACGGAAGGAACGCUGGAAAUGGUAAAAUAUCUGGUUGAAAAAGGCGCUAAUGUGAAUGAAAAGAAGAAUAACGGCUUCAGUGCUGCAUGA